GGAAGUUUUGAGAAUUUUCGUGACCCGCGAUUUUCCGCUUUGGUGGAAGGAACUUUGCAUCAGCAAACCUUGAUACAUUUAUUUCGAUUUGGCCCCGUGCAACUGAACACGUAUAUGAAUAUCUUACCAAGCUUUCUUAUGCUGUCAAAUUGCUCGUUUUGUUAUGGAAGAGAGAAGCACAAGCGAGCGAAAGGAACGCUACAGGCUUGUUGUUCCAAAACAUGCUCAAACUAAAGAUCGUCUUCGCGACCCUCAUUCCAAACAUAACCGCGGCAACGCAAUCAAGACUACAAAAUAUUCAAUAUGGUCUUUUCUUCCCAAGAACUUAUUCGAGCAGUUUCAUCGCUUCGCGAACAUUUACUUUUUGGUCAUAGUUAUUUUAAAUUUAAUCCCAGAAAUAAAUGCAUUUGGGAAAUACAUCGCUAUGGCGCCUUUGAUUUUCGUGUUGUCAGUGACCGCAAUCAAAGAUUUGUUUGAAGAUCGCAGACGUUACAGAUCAGAUAAAGCAGUGAACAACAGCACUUGCUAUGUUUUCAACAGGUAAGAAUUUUCUCGUUAAACUUAUUUUAAAAAUAUAUCUAAUGGGUUUAAGUUUUUUUUGGCUUUCACUUUUUUGUGUGCAGAUAUUAACCUUAACUUUAUUAUAUUCAUAUUUAAAAUUAUAUUUACUUAUCAUUGGUCAACGUGUAAUUUUCAUACAGUUGUCGAUGAGUCGUGGGCUUAAAAGCUCUCAAGUUCUCCGAAGGGUUUAAUAAUAAUGAAGUUUGUUAAAAUUAUUUAAACAGUCAAUUAAAAGAUGUUAAAGUUGAUUCAAUUUGAGCUUUACUUUUGCUUUCAUUUUUACUCCCUGAGUUCAAAUGUUAUUUUUUUGUCCUUGCAAAUCAUUGUCUUGCGUUUAAUACACUGCCGAGAAAGAAAGUAAAAUAAAAUUGAACCAAAGAUAAAAUUCACCCUCAACAGAUACAUGAAUGGGUAAAGGUAAUCUAGUUAUUGUAUAUUUUAUUAUUUGGUAAACCUCUACACUUCUACAUUGUGGUAGACAAAACCAUUUCAUCCAGGAGUAGAUAAAUUUGUAACAAUUCAUUUGCCUGUUUGAAUUUUUUAAUGCUUUUAAGUUUAAAAACAAUGAAAAAAAUUCCACAGGCAAAUGGGGCAGCUAUAGGGGCUUGCUGCAAAUGACCAGAUCUUAAAGCCUCUUUCCUCAUUUAUAGAAUUUAAAAUUUGCAGUUACAGUAUGAAAAAUGCAUGACUAAUAAUCAAGAAAGCCUGUGUGCAGAUACAAUGUAUAUUCUUGCAGCAUAAAGCAAACAGAUGUUGUCUGUAUGCAGACCCUUGGGAAUAAUAACAUUAAACAUUAGUUUUUUUAAAUUUAUUUGCGAUAUAAGUCACAUUUCAUUCACUGUACAUCUACACUUUACUAACUACAUGACAUAAAAUGGUAUGCACAACCCUCACAGAACAUGUGUACCCGUGUAAGAAUUGUUGUUAUUAUUAUUGUUUAGUAAUCUUUUAUUUAUAACUUUAAUAUUCAAUUUUUGCAGAUGGGAAGGGGGACACAAUUCAAAGCACUUUUGGCUUUAUUAAAUGUGAAUAAAUUUAUCUACUGUUGAAAAGAGGUUUUUCCUGUAGACUUUAUGUGUGGAUAGUUAAUGUGAAUGAAGGAAUUUGUCUUAUUUCCCAUCCAUCAAUUUUGUGCAACCAUUACUCGAUGACGCGACGUAAAAUAAUGUCACUUUUUCCUGAAGUAUUAGCCCUUCAUAAUAUAAUGGCCCGAUAUUCAUUCACCAGCUGUUUUAUAUACAGGAUGUAUUGCAGCCACUUCACUUUACUCUUUUAACAAUAUACUUUCCUUUCCCAGCCACUGGACUAGCUUUCAGUAAUAGAUGACUGUCCUAAUAGAUAGCAAUGUAACCUUACCAAAAGAUUCCUACAGUUUGUAAUAUUUAGUGAACCUAGAGGGUAUUAUAUUUGUUUGUCAGAAUAAAAAUGGCAAGAGUAAUUAUUAUCUUAAGAGUUACCAUUAACGAUGAUAACAUGUAUUUGUCAACUUGAAUCCCUUACUUUCAAGUUGUGACUUUUUAUUUUGUGUGUUAAAUUAAGGAGACUUUUAUUUCAAUCAGAAAUUUGUGUGAUUGGCAUAUGAAAAUUAUUCUAUAGUGAUAUUGUAUGAUGACAAGACAGAAAGAUUCCAAUGUCAUUAUUUCCUCACAGUCAUAUUGGCCUUUCAGAAAAUCAUGGCCCAAUAUCCACAUCCAUUGCAUUAAUACUGCUUUACUAACAUGAACAUUAACACCACUUUAUGUAUCUGUUAAGUGUAUUUUCUUUGAUUUGUUUGGUUAAAACUUUAACAUUCAAGUGUCAUGUGGUUGUGAAAGGACAGCUUAGCUAGUUUAUUGUCGUUGUCUAAUUUAAGAUUCCCGUUUAAGUCACUAGUAGUCUAUUUGCUGGUUAAUGUGCCCAGCUAAUAAUAUACCCUUUGAAGACCCCACACACUCUCCUGUCCCCAUCUUUCCCUUCAAAUUGCUGCUGUCUGUUAGCUGGGACCAGGAGACGUGUGUAAGCUAAACCUUACAUGAUGCAAUCAACUUACAAAUAAUAAUUUUAUUGAGUGACAUUAACAUUUACAGUAUUUGAAUUUUUUUUCUUUGCCUCUCCUUUUCAUAUUUUUUUCCUUUUUACUUUGCAUUUUUUAGCCUAACCAAUUGCUUCAAUGUUACAAAACUUGAAACUUGAAACUAUAGAAAACUGUUUGUAUCUUAGUUUUUUUUCCUUUCUCAAUCAGAUACAAGUCAUUGUCAUAAUUUGAUACAAGUCAUAAUUUGUCAUUGUGUUUUAUCACUUUCAGUGAGACACAUGAAUACCAGAAGACAGCAUGGAAGAAGGUAGUAGUUGGUGAUUUCAUCAAGCUGCAGAGUGAUGAGAUCAUCCCUGCUGACUUGCUGUUGUUAAACUCAAGUGAUGCUAACUCUAUAUGCCACAUUGAAACAGCCAAUCUUGAUGGAGAAACCAAUCUUAAACAGAGAGAAGUCGUCAAAGGGUUAAAUUUAGUAAGUCAACUGACAUGUACCACAGCUGUGGUCAUAUUUAAAUCUGCAGUGCUGCAGAAAGUUUGGGGGACAGGGGCCGGUGGGGGAAUCUUUGCUUUGAACUCCCCCAACUGACCCCUAUAUAAGGAUAUUGAGCUUCCAUGGGUAUAAAUGGAUGGUGUUUUAUGGUCCAAGUGUUAUAAAGGCUUUCUGGAUCUGCACAUUUAAUGUCCAACCUAUGAAUCAGACUGUACAAUGUUAGGGAGGUUUCAAAACAUUACAUGGGCCCUUAAAGACAAACAUUAAAAUCCAUUUUUAUUAAUGAUAUGCAUACUAAGGUAAUGUAAAAGGCUUUUCUGUCAAUUUCCUUUUGUUUCAUUGACCUUUUCUGCUGCGUACUUGGUCUGAGGCAGAGGAAAAACCCUCCUUUAAAUUCUUCCUGUCAAACCACGUACAUAAUAACUCUGAAAAUCACUUUGCUGAUCCCUCCUGAUUUUGAGCUAAUAUUAUUCCAUAUGUCAUUAACUUAUAAUAUAAAAGUAGUUUAAUGUUUGGCAAGUUUAUUCAUUCCAUGCAUGGUCAUAGCUUUUAUAACUCCUUAUUUCAGAGCAGUCUUAAAUUCUUGCCAAAUAGUUUCAGUGUAAUUAAAAAAACUUAAUCUGAUUGUAAAAAUGGCUUUAGAAGUUUCCGUCAUAAGCAUCCUGACAAGCAGUCUGAGUUUACUUAAUUAUCCUAUGCAACAUCACUGUUUGAAUGCUUUCCAUACACUGCUGUCUUUGUUUUGACAGGAUAAUUCCAGAUUUUUGCCAGGAGAAUUCCCCUAUGAACUAAAGUGCGCUGAGCCUGAUCAUCACAUACACAGGUUCCAUGGCACAUUGUAAGUAAACCUAUUCAGUAGGGUAAAUGUAGUUCUAGACAGGACUGUUUUUGACAGUGACUGACGGUUUGACAACCAGUGCGGUAGUCAUCUUUAGAGUCAAAGUUAGUUGUAUUGCCUCAUGCCUGGUCAGUUGAUGGGAUUGUUAUCAUCCUGUGAUUGGUCUAUUAAGUCGCAAUGUUGUUGGUCAUCUGUCAGUUAAGCCGUGAUGUUAUUGGCUAUGAAGACGUGUAAUGUCAUUGAUGCAUUUUGAUCUGUCUAUGUCACAGUUAAACAGUCAUUUAUUGUUAGUCAAAUUGUUGGCUGUCCAGUCAUUUUCUCCUAAUUAGAUCUGGUUGGUUCUGUCAAAAAAAGGUUUGUUUGGUGCUGGUAACUGUUGACUAAGAUUUAGUGGCGUUUGUCCUAAGUUAGUAAACCAGCUUUCUAAAGUGAGUCAUUGAUUUCGUAAUACAUGUCACAGAAUCCCAGUUGAUUUCAUGCGUCAUCUGUAAAUGGUGUUCAGCAACGUGAUAGUCGACAUCUCCAUUUCUUGUUGUUCAUUUGUGUUCAAUCAGUCAUGUGCUAAGAUUUCUUCUGGUUUCACCAAUGUAAGUGGCCUGCCAGUCGCAGCAUUUGAUCUUGUAUACUGCUUCCUGUCUGUCCUCCAGUUUGUCUUAAUAAUAUUGUCCUUGACAUUAGUAAGUAGUAGUGUAAAGUGGUUAUCGGUUGGUGUGCAAUGUGUAUAUUGUAAAGUUGUGGUAUGCGUGCGUAAUGCAGGCAAAAUUUUGGCAGAGGAGCUGCUAGCCAUGAGGAGAAUGGGGAGGUGCUCGCUUCUUGCAGCUAAGGUGCAGAAAAACAAUUCUGCCAGCUACAUAGGCUAUUAUUAGUGUCAGGUAUCGUGGAGGGGAGAGAGGUAAGAAUCAUGCUCUGUAAACACUUGAAUGAAUUGUUUAACACUAUGACUAUAAAAGCCUCCAUCCAGAGUUUGUAGGUGUAUAUUGGACCUGGUAACUAGUGAAUUAGUGCACUAACUUGCAUAACUCUAGCAAGCUAGUUUUUAUCUUUCUUCCACCACUGGUUCAAAACCCAUUUUAUGGAAACCUCAUCCAAGGUUACAUGUACAUUGUAAGUAUAUUAAGUGGCAUAAAAGUCAUUUCUGUCCAAAAAGCACUGCACAAGAAAGUAAUCUCUGUAUAUAUUGGCCAGCAUAAUAUUAGGGGUGAGUAUGACUGACUAGAGGGGAUUAUGCUCCACAAACUACUUGAAAUGUAUUAUUUUGCCCAUAGCAUGCAAGCGGGGCCUCUGGGGCAGGGUAGUAACGGGAGAGAGAGCUUGCAGUCACAUCUCAGGAAUUUGAAUUCUGCCUCCAGUGCCCCCUGUGGCUCACUGUCGGCUGAGCUGUCAGAUUUAUGUCAAACAGUCAGGAAUGGAAAUGAGUGCUGAAUGUAAACAAACAUUGAAAUGUUCCUGAAAAAUAAAUUUCCCUCGAUCAAACGAAGCCCGGAAAGCACAACUGCAGAGCUAGGUAACAACAGAAAAUCAUUCAGUUCUCUCUCCUUCUCCUCCCCUGACCCCAAAGCCCCUCAGGGGUACCCCAUGGCCCCCCUCGCAGAGCUUGCUUGCAGGCUAAUUACGUUGUUAAGUCUUGACAGGUUUGGUAAUUAAACAUUAAAGGAAAGAAGACCAAUCUCGUCAAUAAAGUAACUGCAUGCUUCUUGAAUAUUGACUUUUCUAUACUCUGUCUUUAUGUCAGGAUUCAUGACAAUGGAAGGGAGAUUUCGGUUGGCAAGAACAAUUUACUCUUGCGUGGUUGUGUCAUUCGCAACACUGACUGGGUGGAGGGAAUGGUUGUCUAUGCAGGUCAGUUUCCAAAUUAAAUGAUAGGAAGAGUUUGUUCAUGUUCAUGUGAUGACUAAUCUUUCAUGGUUUGUGAAAGUUGAAUCUAGUUAGUGUUACGAACUUCAGCUGUCUAACCUAAAAAUUGGCCUACACAGGCCAUAUAAAAAGCAAUUCUCAGAUGCCUCAACAUGUCCUUUGGUACAGCUGUACAUUGCAGAAAAAUUGAAUCCCAAUUUCUCUAACCCUUGAUUUUUCAAAAUUCCUGAUAAUUCAGACCAAACAUAACUUCCCUUUACCAGUCAAACACAUUAAUUUUACCCCUGGGGUUUUCAAUAUGACCUCCCGAUAAUUCAAACCAGUUUGCUUUUCUCAAGGUUGUUCCAAAAAUCGAGAUUCCACUCUAGAUGGCCGCUUCACCCAAUGUAAUCCAGAUUGUUAUGUAAUCCAGAUUCCCCAAAUCCGGGAAAUUCCAGAGACUCUGGGAAAAUUUUGCUUGUGGAAUCCAGACUUCGGAAAAUUUUGCUUGUUGAAUCCAGAAUCCUGGGCUUUGGAAUCUGAAAUCUUGCUCAAAGAAUCCGGAAUCUGAGUUCCACUGACCAAAAACUGGAAUCCGGUACCUGGAAUCCCCAAUCCACGGUGUGGAAUCGAGAAUCCAAGACUGUCAUGGGUUCCCUGGAUUGCCUUACACAUGGCGAGCUACUUGAGUCUGGGUGUUGUUUAGUUGAUUGUCUGCGCCAUCCUUCUCUUUCAGUCACAGCUUCUGCCUGCUAAAAUGUUCUUGAAUGUAAUGUACAUUCACUUGACCGGUAACUACAUGUAAUAUAAUACAUUUCAUUAUAUUCCAGGCCAUGACACAAAAGCUCUCAAGAAUAACAGUGGUCCACGAUACAAACGCAGUAAGGUUGAAAGAGACCUCAACAUGGAUGUUAUUGCUUGUGUCGUCAUCCUCUUUGUUCUUUGCUUUCUUGGCGCAGUCGGUAAAUAUUUCAUUUCUAUUUAAACGAAAACAAAAAAAACAGUGCCAGUAAUACACUUUUAGAUUUAAUGAUACGGACAAUCCAUAAUGCAGACAAAAAAGGUUUAGAGCUUAGGGCUUUUGGUACAGCUUAAUUUGGCUAUUUUGAGCUGGGUUAGUGUUUCGUUGAAUAGCCUUUAUUCACGUUUACGUCAAACGAGCAGAUUUCUCCACCAAGCCUCAUUUUUAAAUUGCAAAGUUGCAAAAGUUUUACAUGAAUGAAUUCCCAAAGGCUUAUAGUAUUGUUCUGUCUUCUGUUUUCUUUAAACAAUGAAUGUAUGCAUAAUUAAUUUAUGGGGUUAUACGGAAAUCUUGCACAUAAAGCUUCCGAGACUAUUAGGCCGUUAGAUAAGAAAAAAAUAACCUCCGGAACACGGGGUAUUACAAAUGAGGCUUGGUGGUGAAAUUUGCUCAUCUUACGUAAUCAUGCAUAAGAGUCAUUGUGCUGUCAUGUGGGACUGCCUUGGGGAAUAAUCGUUUCCUUCUCGACCUCGAAAUGGCCAAUGGAAGAAGUACAUGUAAUAGCAGCCCCCAAUACGAAAACAGUCUCACACUGUAAGGGGUGUGUUAAGUUUUGUAUCUUUGGGUGCGUUCGAUUGAUAUUAUUCCGGAAUAAGAAGGCGCAAAAGUUUUGUAGCAAAUCUCUUGUACCGGUUUUUUCGCUACUUAAACACUACAUACACCGGAAUAUUUCAUUUCAAGCAGAUUUUUAACUUUUGAAUGACAAAAUAAGGACGCUUAAAGAUCGAUCGAUUAGGCUGAACUUGAGUUUUUGUAGAAAUAUUCUGUUCGUGUAAUUUCUGUGGCAGUUAUUAUCGCUGUUGUUUAACGAUGCGUAUUUCAUUUAGCCUUUUUUGUGCCUUGAAAAAGAAGGACUAUAUUUUAAUUUCGGCAUACUGUAAUACAGAGUUUUUGAGCCUGUCUUUAGAUUAACUGUCUGGUUAAAUGAAGGCCCAAGCAUUUUCAAUUUCGGACUCGUUGUUGUUUGAACUGGGACUCAACGGUUCUGGCCUGGGUCUCAUGAUUUUUCACACUGGUAUCAAAACUUUUGCGUAUUCUUAAUUCCUUACUACGGACAAUUGAACGCACGUACCCUGAAAGCGGUUAAAGGUUGUAAGCUUUGACGGAUCUAUCUUUAUGCUGGUUUAUCUUUCAGGGUGUGGUGUCUGGACGAACAACAACGAUUUUUUCAACAGGCAUUUCACUCCUGGCUCUGAAGGUCCUGAUGAACCAUUUGUAAGGGGACCAUUAAUGGAGGCAUUCCUCAGAUUCUGGACUUUUAUUAUCAUUUUACAGGUUUGUACUGAUUCAAAAAUAUUUUUAAUAUAGACCUUUCAUUUUCUGGUCCAGUGAGUACACAGAAUGAAAUGCAAUUUCAGGCUAGCGUUUGACAAACUCAAUGAAGUCACUUGGGCGUGGCCGAAGAGAGAACUACAGCAAGGAUGUAUUAUUUGAUACCUUAAACGGGGUCAACUCUAUGCUGAAGUCAUUUUUUUGUGCCUUUAUAUUCACUAAAUGCUCAUGUAGAGUUAUGGUGAAGAUGUUAAGUGAAUUUUAGCAGAUAGCGCUAACCGUAAUAUUUUUUUGGUGAUUUUCGCGGGCAUUUCAUUUGAACUUGAAAAUGUUGCCCCACCUUUUUCAAGUUUCUAUCCAUGUGCUCGCCAUCCGUAGCAACAGACGACAGGAAACAGUUUUAGGGCCUACGAUUUCAAAAUAUAGUCUUGAAUAACAAAACUGUACCAUUAUUCUUUAUUCUGUUGAUGCGAAGACAUCGUGACAUUUGAAAAAGAUAGCAAAUAGCAUGACAUAGUCCCCCCGCCCCCACCAUCCUUAAGUAUUUUCAAUACAAUCCCGCUCUGUUUUGAGUUCUUUCGGUGUCGUGUUGAUGUCUUGUUAAUUUUCACUUAGUACGAUCAGCAUUGCAGUAUUCUGCUUGCAGAAUUUAAAAUUUCCUCUUGUUAUUUCUGCUGAUCAGGUCCAUAUAUAUCCUACGUUCUUCGGCGUAUUCGUUUUGCGGUCCUUUGCAGUCCUUUGUGGUUGAUGUUUGUAUUUCCAAUAGUCCAGUUUUCGAAUUCGUCGUGGCCGCUGAGUAGAAGUACUGAACCAUAUUCACACAUGAAUUCCAGUCAGAAGAAGACCUGUGUACAACUGUGUGGGUUGUUUUAAAGUCAAAUUCAGGCACCUUCUCGCCGGUAUUUGUGAAUAUUUUACUUUAGUUCUAGGCUAACCUUGUGUAGGUGGUUUUCAUGCAAUCUCGGGAGACACAAAUAACAAUGUUGAAAUGAACAAAUGCUGGUGGACAAACAAAGCGAGCUAAUGAGCGAUCUUUUGUUUACCGUCCACCAGCAUGGCGGCGAUGACGUAUAGUGUAUAAGCCUAUAAGUGAGCCUUCAGUGCUUCUAUUAAGCGGCCGCGACGAGUGCGAAACUGGAGCAUCAACUAUGAUUUUAUUUGAGUAUUUUCUUGUUCAUUAGGUCUUGAUACCCAUAUCUCUCUAUGUAUCCAUGGAAGUUGUCAAGUUAUUCCAGGUUUAUUUCAUCUCUAAUGAUCUGGAGCUUUAUUAUGCUGAAAUGGAUCAACCCAUCCUUUGCCGCGCAUUGAAUAUUAAUGAAGAUCUGGGGCAAAUCAAAUACGUCUUCUCAGACAAGACAGGAACUUUAACAGAAAACAAAAUGGUGUUUAAGAGGUGCACUAUCGGUGGGCGAAACUUUGAUCACAGGGAUAAAUUUGGUACGUAAAGUAAUGUAUGGUGUGGAAAUUCAGUUGCCUGGUUUCAGUACGGCGUCUUCCCAGGCCUUCUCGGUCAAUGCCUUUCGUUGACGUAUCCGAGUGACCCGAAACGCAUCGGCCGCGCGCAAUAGUGAGGCCUAGGAACUAGGCAAGGAUUUCGGUACGUCAUGUACCAGAUGAAACCGAUGAUAAAACACGAGUUUCCCCAGUGAUUUUUAAAUAUCCCUUCGUAAAUCUAGUCUCCUGGCCUAUAUUGAUGGUGCCUUAGCCGAUUAGGAACGGAAAACUGUUCUCAAUCAAAUCGAAUCUGUAUAUGUAACACAGUGCAAUACUUUGCAAAGCUGAUUAUUGUGUAACAAGGUCUUAAAAUGUUUUUCGCAUCGCCAUUGCCAGCGUUUUAGCUUAUGACAGGGCCUUGAGUUAUAAACAAAAAGGGUCUACAUUAUUCAGUGACUAUUUUCUGCAAUGAGUUGUCCUUAUGAUUAUUCAGUGAAUUUCCUACAAUUGGUCCUGCUUGAGAUUUUCUCCAGAUCAGGGUCCCUAACUUGCUGCUAAGAUAAUUGUAACUUACCAAGAAAGGUGAAUGGUUCAAACUUCAGCUAAUCAGUGAAUACGUCUCUGUGUCUGUGUUUGUGGGUUGCUUCUUUCACUAUUUGUAAACUUUUUGGCAUCAUUUUUGUCUAUAGGUGCAGACACUGUAGACUCAUCAGCCGCUGAUCAAAUGUACCAGCAAAUUUCCGAGGAACCAAAGGUAAAAAAGCUUUAUCUCAGAGGCAGUGUACAACAAUAACAGAAUUCCCAGUUCUUAGCCUACGCUCACACGGCAUUGGUCGAAUUUUCGACCAGUUGACCUUGCGUUUUGGUUUUCCGUACGAAAACUUAGGUUUAACCGUUUAAAGUUCAGAUUUCAAGGCAAUAUGAAGUAUUGACCUUGUCUCCUUGAAAAACCAGCAUUUUCACCUAAGAUAGAAAUAAGUUACGAAAAAGCAUAAAUAAAGUACAACUGCUGUUGUGUUUCGCCCUCUUUCGUAACCAAUCAAAACUAACAUUAAAACCAAUCUUGACCUGGGGCCCGGUUUCUCGAAAGGCCCAGAAACUUUUCGGGCCUGAGUGCAAAUUUUAAAAUCAAAACUUGUUGAAUGGUAACACAGUUCUAGCUCUCAAACCUGAUAGUUUCAUUGUAUUAUUGACAAAAUUAUUGCAAGUGUGAUCUUGAAUGUAAAUACAGCAAACAGAAAAAAGCUUUCCGGGCCUAUUAGCUACAGGGACCUUCGAGAAACAGGCCUCUGCACGCAUCCGUUUCCUACGCUUUGCGUAUGCUUCAUGCAUUUGCUCGAAUUUUAAUUGGCUCCUUAGCCUGCGUAAAAGGCGUCGAAAGAGGAAGAAGAUUAGGAGGAAGGGAAAAAAGGAGGGAGAUUGGGGCGAGAGGGUUAGGGACGCCUGCUGUAAUAACCCCCCUUUGUUCACGUCUGCGGACGCUGGCGUCCGCAAAUUCCUAAUUGGUUCCCUUCCCUUUUCCCUUUCGUGCUUUUUUCCCCGCCCCCUCCCUUUUUUGCGCCUGCCACGCGGGCUACUGACUCCUUAGUUUGCCUGCAUCAUUUAUGAUUGGCUAGAGUUAGAGUACUUGUUUACGCGCGUAGUUUUAUGGCAAGGAUGCCUUACACUUGUCUUGCAAUCGUAUCUUGUCUGUGACGUGUCUGUGUCUUUUUUCGGGCGACGAACAUUCUUGAGGCAAAAAAUCCGUACUGCUCUUCGAGAUGUAGUGGUUGAGUGCUGUUUUCCUUCUUUGUAGGGAGACGAAAUCUACUGGGAUAAAGAGCUAGCAGCUGCAAUAGACUCAACCAGCAGAGUUGGGUAUUACUGUGGACCAGGAAGCUCAUAUCUUAAAGAGUUCUUCAUUCUCCUUGCUAUCUGCAAUACCGUAGUCGUGUCAACGGGAAGAUCAGACACAGAAAACAACCCAAAUUCACCAGAACUGACUACAGAUAACACAGAUUUACCUAGUACUCCUGAUAAGAAUCAUGCUCCUUUAGAUCUAGGCGAGUCUGGCUCUCUAAAAAAUUAUUUAAGUCCUGACUAUGGUUCAACGCGUUCAGGUUCAAGUAGCGCAAUCUCGGGGUGGGAUAAUUUGGGAGUGACAGCAACACCAGUUAAACCGUCCCUAGAGAGUAUAUCAAAGAGACCUAAGAGUUGUUCGUCUUUGAUAGAAUCUGCGGACGAAGGUGCGCUCAACGCUGCCAACCGUGAAAUCAUUUACGAGGCCGAAUCACCUGACGAGGCAGCGCUCGUGAAAGCGGCGCGUUUAUACGGCUAUGUGCUUCUGUCGCGUAGUCCAGAGAAGGUGACGUUGUUUAUACCAGGAGAGGGCGAAGUCACAUAUGAAGUGCUUCACGUGCUUCAGUUUGACUCUUCACGUAAGCGGAUGUCCGUUGUCGUCCGUCGUCAAGAUGAUAGUAGUAUUAUAAUGUACUGUAAGGGAGCGGACUCGGCCGUUCUGCCAAAACUGGAGCGAGCCAGUCAGCAGUUUGUGCCUGAUGACGUCGAUGAGGGCGAUGGAGGAGGGAGUGCCAGAUCAGGCAGCAGGGGCUCGUUAGUGGAGGAAACUGUAAAACAUUUGGAUCUUUAUGCCAGAGAUGGGCUCAGGACAUUGUGUAUGGCAAGAAGAGUAAGUAAUGUUCUGUGUAAGUGAGCAAAACACAACGGAAUACCAACCUUUUAAGUGCAGUUUUUUUAUUAUAUAUGAUUGCUGAAGUUAAGAAAUACAGAUGAUGUAAACGGGAUGCUAGUCACUUUUUCUCAACGAACUUCUAAAGUUGUUUAAUGAUUAAACUUUUUUCAGUUAAGGUACGAAAUUCAUGAAAUUUCUAUGGGAUCUGCAGAAGCAGGCCACACCGAACACAGAAAGGAGCAGAAACGUCAUUCGCUUUCACUCAGGGCCCCAACAAACAUUUUAUCAACGAGAUCUGGCUCUUGAUGGACUAAUAAAAUUAGUUAGAUAUUUCUAGCUUUUUAAACGAAAGAGCGACGUUUCUUCGAUUUUCUAUCAACAAAUAACAUUUAAAAAUGGGCUUAGGGGUGAGUUCUUUGGCCACAGUUUUGGACUGUUUAUUUUAAUGCUGUGAAGAGAUUGAUUGGAUACAAAUCACUGUCUGUUUUCAGCAUUUAUCGGACAGUGACUAUGAAGAGUGGCUAGAACAGCACCGACAAGCGGAAACAGCACUCCACGAUAGAGAAAGAUUGCUGCACCAGUCAGCCCAUAAACUGGAGUGUAAAAUGGAGCUGGUAGGUGCUACUGGUAUUGAGGAUCGUUUGCAAGAUGGUGUUCCGGAGACCAUUGCUAGGCUACGCGAGGGAGGCCUGAAAGUGUGGGUCCUUACUGGAGACAAACAGGUAGAGAUUUAAGCUUAGAUCAUUGCUAAGUGUAGGGGUCGUGAGAACAUUAUUGGGUUACGCGAGAGACGCCUUGAAGUGCAGGGCCCAAUUGUUUGAAGGCUGAUUGGCGCUAAACCCGGUGUAAAAUUUAAUCUGGGCUUAUUUUUCUUGUAUUCAAAAGCAUUUUCUUUGUUAAUUUUCUCUGUUAUUUUCAGAGCUUCCAAUCAUCAACUUGUAGACAAAAAGAAUUAAAACUGAAAUGCUUUUUAAGCUUUCAAAUAUGAAUUCAAAUCUCGCACUAACCCUGGGUUGUCUUAACCCAGCUUUGAACAACUCGGCCCACUUCUUUACGAACGAGAAACAGAUAGGGUCUCUUGUCUUGAUAUCAUUCAUUACUUGGCGAGAGAACUUUGACAGGUUACACGAUGGAGGCCUGAAUCUGUAGGAUUAGUAUAGAAACAGUAUACAGAAACAGUAGGUCCAUAGUGUUUACAGUAAUGAAACUACUUGGCCUUGUUCCUUCCAAAAAGAAACUGUUUUGUUUUAGAAGACCGGAUUUCACACUUGCAAUCGCACAAUUAAAGAGAUCCGACAGUAGGGUCGGUCCCAGAGACUAAACGUAUACACACAGUAGCCUUGAAACUGAAGCAGCCUACCCUUCACCAAAAAUUAGUCCAAACGGGAAUACCGUAAAUACGUAAAUUGUUAUUUACCGGACAGCCUGCCCGUAAGUAAUUACAAAGACAUUUUAGAACUGCAGUUAUACUAUAGCAUUACGUCCUGCGUUCGAUGCGUUAUGUUUUCACUUAUCCAUGCCCACAUGUGUCCUUAUUAGGAAACAGCAGUCAAUAUUGCUCACUCCUGUAAGCUGUUGGACAACAACAUGCAGAAGGUGAUACUGAACGCAAAAUCCAAGGUAUGUCUUGUACGUAGUGUGUACUUCCGGCGCAAGGUAUUUUUGCUUCUCAGUUGGACAUGCAUACCGUAAACUGAUGUAAACAUCAUCGUAAGGGGUUUCAGGAGAGCGUAUAAACGGAGGGGCUUUUAGAAAAAGCUCUUCGAAACAAGCUACCGUAAAAUUCCGAAAAUAAGCCCCGGGGCUUAUAUUUUUCAAAGGCCCUUUUUAAGGGGGCUUAUUUUUGGAGGGGCUUAUAUUCGGUGAGGCUUAUCUACGGAGGGAAAUUUGUGUUACAAAAUCGAUUGGGCUAGCCUUAUAGUUGGAAGGAAAUAUACCGUUUUUGCUGUUUUUUACUUUGUAUUUGAGGGCAAUUUCCAAGUACAAGCCCCCUGGGGGGGGGGGGGGCUUACAUUUGGAGCGGCAAUUUAACGGAGGGAUUAAGGGUGGGGUGUGUUUGUUUUGGAGUGGGAUUUUUUUGAGGGGGCUUAUUUUCGGAAUUUUACUGUAUGAGAAUGGUGAUCCGCAAAAUUUGUUUUGAAUUUAAUUGUAUUAUUUUUUUUUCAGGCUCAAAAAGUCCAAAAAAAUUGAAUUUUUUUUAAUAUGUUUGGAAGGGGGUUUUAAUGGGGUGGGGUGGGGGGGGGGGGGGGGGCACUUACGGUACGUGGUACAUUUACAUACGGCACAGUUAUCAUAUGAUUAUCUAUACGUCGUUCUACUUCUAUCACCUUACAUUUCCUUGUUUUAUUCUUCUUUCGAGCUUAGGGUGAAUGCGAAGAUCAAAUCACCUCUUGGCUGGGCCACCUUCAAUCCGAAGUUCUUAGCAUAAGUAGCGACAAUUCCUCCAAUACUGUGUCAGGACAUAUUAGUUCACCGACGACAAACAGUCAGCCUUUAGGUGUAGUGAUUGAUGGACGGACAUUGAUGUAUGCAUUAGAGGAUCCUUUGAAUGCGAAGUUCUUGGAUUUAGCACGGCGCUGUCAGGUUGUCCUGUGUUGUAGGGCUACACCCUCACAGAAGGUGAGUUUGAAAACAGUUUUAGCUGUUAUUAAAUCAGAUGUUGACCUCACUUCGUAACUUUUUUUUCGAUCGUGGUUAUCUGUCAUCAUUGUUCAUCAACUCUUCAACCAAUUCGGAGUUUCGGUUUGAAUGUGAAUGACAAUCUGCGACUACACAGACUACUGUUUAGGACAAAGAACUACGAUGGUCGCACUUUUGCACGACUGCCCUUUGGAACAAUCCUCCCUUCACUUUUUAUUAUCUUGAAUUUUUGUAAUUUCCUUAGUAAAUUUUUAGACUCGCCCCCAGCUUUCUGUUACCUCUCCCCCUACUUCCGCCGCCGUGCGUGUUACAAAGACGAAUGAGGACGAGUCAGGCGAAACGACGUGACUCUCGUCACGUAAUUGUGCCAACUCCUAUUAUCUUGCGACGUUUACCCAAAGGAUUCGUAGUUACUAGUGUAGCUAAUCUCUUCCCUCCCCAGAAAAAAAGUAAGAGAAAUUUUCACUUGCAUCUAAUUAAUCAAUCUCUAUCAGUCUGCAGUCGUUCAGCUGGUCAGAAGUGGUCUGAAGACAAUGACUUUAGCCAUCGGUGACGGAGCUAAUGACGUAAGCAUGAUUCAAACGGCUGACGUAGGCAUUGGUAUUUCUGGGCAAGAGGGUAUGCAGGCAGUCAUGGCAAGCGACUUCGCUAUUGGUCGAUUUAAAUUCCUAUCUCGUCUCCUAUUGGUUCAUGGGCAUUGGUGCUAUGACCGCAUCACCAAGAUGUUCUUGUAUUUCUUCUUCAAAAAUGCAGUAAGUGAUUGUUAUAAUCAAAGAAACAAUGAAGCAGUUUAUUUUGCAAGCACCCUAGAGCCUCUUGUUAUCUUCUUCAAGAGGAGAAGAAUCGCGACAAGCCUUUCAGGUCGUCGUAGCUCGAACUUCUGAACUGUUUUCUCUCGUUAAUAUGGUUGUUACCCCUAGUUACGAGUGAAAGCAUCCGUUUAUUGAUAAACUGAUGGUCAUAACUGAGCCCGCUGUACCAAGUACACGGCCAUUAGGCCUGGGUUUGAAACUGAAUCCUAGAAACAUGCAGCGCAUGCUCAAAAAUCUUACUUGAUUCAAGCAGUCUCAAGGAGACUCUUUCUGAAGUAAGCCAAUAAAAAGGCUCUGCAGAGAGGGUGUUCUGUAACGAAACCGAAAGGAAAUGGCCUAAACCCUUUCACUCAUAAUGUAAACACCUGCCCUAGGUUGUAAAAACUUUAUAUCGCGCUGUCAACGGUGUAAAUCACUAUGCAGUGGAUAAGUAUUAGGAAAACCAACUGCUUUGUCCACUGGAUAGGAAUUUAUCCAAUGAAUAGUGCUAUCUACUUUUUGAACAUCUCGGGCGCUUAUGAUGCAUUGAAGCUUCUUAGUCUGUGUACGAAAUACUAUGAAUUAAAACCACUGAAUUGAAACCUAUGUGGCAAAAAUUUCGCGUGGUGCAAGUUAUUUUUUCGGUAUUUGACACAAUGACAUUUUGAGCCACAUUUUCCUUUAAUUUUGACUGAUUUCAGAUUUAGGUAGCCUGCGCCAUAACGAAACUAAACUAUGGUAAAGUCCGUCUGCGAAACAGUGCCGGAAUUCCUAUUCUGGUUCCCCCCAUUUUACCAAGAUUUGGGUACGUACCAUGAUUGGCCACUCGUUAAAGUAGCCAUUGUCGAUUUUCCAGUCAGUUUAAAAUUCACUUCCGAUAAUUCAUCAAAUUCUUUGGGAGCCCAGAGCGAGGAUCUUGGCGCUGCUUUGCAGACGUUACUAACCUGUCUGGGGCACAGGCUAAGAUUUAAAGUGAAGAGAUUGUACGAUCGUUUUACAGCGGUUGUAACUGCGUGGCUCUUGAUGGGCUUGCCUGUCGUCAGGUACCCUUUGAGCAGAGGCUACAUUCUCGUGGUGUGUACUGGCGUGCGAAAAGUAGCUAAUGUAGCGUCUGCUUACCCUGCAGUCGUCAGGUAGUCGGCUUGCAAAUGGGGCCACUGCAAAGCACUCACUUGACCCUGCGAUGGAAAAUUCCCGAACACUGUGCAGAGUUUAGGGACAAUUCAGUACCUUUGCUUGUGUUUACUACCCAUUUUACAUAGCCUGCGAGCAAGCUCUCAAUUUGGGGCAGUCGCGAGAAGUCUCUCGCGAGCAGCAUACGAAAUGAUCUCAAGUAAGUAAAUAAAUAAAUACCCUAGGCUCUUUCAUACAAAGAAGAAGAGAGGUUACUCGUCAGUCAUAAGUUACCUAGAACUUUGUUGUUUGCCUUUCAGAUGUUUGUGUUAGUUUUGUUCUGGUUCCAACUGUACAAUGGCUUCUCAGGCUCGAACGCUAUUGAUGACAUCUCUCUCAUUUUCUUCAACCUUCUGUUCACCUCGGUGCCCCCUGUCAUCUGUGCGAUACUUGAUAAAGAUGUCCCUGAUCCUAUACUUACAGCAAAUCCUGAUCUUUAUAAAACCGGACAGAACAGUAAGGUUGGUCAGUCUGUGUUACAAUACUAUUUCAGAGUUGUUAAAGGAGCUGUGUAACGAAAUUUAUCAAAAUUCAAACAGUCAGACUGCCACCAUAUUGGGCGAAACAUAAAAAUAACAUCUCAAAACGUUUAAACAAGGUGUACAUAACACAGCCUUUACAAAAGGUCAAGGCACGGAUGGACAGAUUCUAAGAAGAUUGAAACGGAUUAAAUUGAGGUUUUUAAAACUUUUUAACGUAAAAGUUUUUUAUAGUUCAUUCUUUUUGUCUGUUACGUUUGAUAUAAUGCUUGGGAGACGUUUGUUUGACAUGAGACAGUGAUCUUGUCAUUUGCCAGUUAUUUUUCUUUGCUAAGGAUAAGUUCCAUUGCGAAUAAGGACAUGUAAUUGGCAAUAUUUUUAGAACUGGUUGCCUGGACAGCCGUAACACAACCCCUUUAACAAAAUUACGCGUUGUUUGCUGCGCCCUAAAGAAUAAUAAAUAUAUCAGUGUUGAUUUGCAGCUCUGGUUGAACGCCAAUGUAUGGUCCAAUGUUGAACGCUGAACGUGAACUUUCAAUUGCCUCGUACCCAUACGUUUCUCUCGCCAUUUAUUCGGCGCUAGCAAAGAACGGCGGGACGGCCUCCCAUGAUGGCUAGUACUUCGUUUGUUUCCAGUCGUUUGCUUUGAUACGCGCGAGGCCUUUCAAUGUGUUAAACAUUGUUCAAUAAAAAUUUGCAGCUUUUGAACCUUUACAGGUACUCAAAGGUUAUAUACGAAUCAGUGGAAUACUGUUAUCAUUUAUUAAUUCAGCAAGCUGCGAUAUCACCCACUGUUUGUUGAGCAUUAGAGCUCGAACGAUGUUCAAACUUGUAUAAUUCGCGUUUUAUAGACUGAAAACCUAACUCUAGCUGUCUUUUGAUUGGCACAAUCACAGUAAUUGAUGAUUUUCCUUCCACUCUCUUUAGCUGUACUCAAGGAAGUGGUUUUGGUUGACCAUUUUAGAUGCCUUUUAUGAAAGCUUGGUGGUGUUUUAUGUCGCGUUUUGGGUAAGGAGUGUUGGUGGAGUCACAGGACGACUCUUUUGCUUUAUAGUACACGUUACAAGUAACCUUUGCUAUUACUAGGAUACUCUUGUUCUUGUUCUGUUUUAUCAAAACUGUGGUUAAUGUAGUUAAUGAUUGGCCCAGUUUUUAGAUUAGCAAAGGAAAGACGAAAUGGCGGGUGGCGUCAUUUUCAUUAAUUUCGCAAGCUUUUGCUUUUGUUCGUUAACGGCUUUUUGACUAUCAGAAAAGCUAUUUGACUUAAGCGAAAUCCUAUAAUAGAUUAUGCUUUACUUUUUUUUUUUUCAUUUUUUCUCUUUGUCGUUUAAGGUCUACAACGGUACCGCAGCAGAUUUGCGAAUGGUUGGAGUGACCCUUCACCAGAGUUCAGUCCUCGUCGCUAAUUUGUAUUUGGCCCUUAUAACAGCACAGUGGGUGAGUGAAUAAUCUUGGCCAGGCUCUCGGUCAGUGCGGACGGGCGAAUAAAGCGAGCGAACAAUGAAAUAGCGGACGAGAGAAAAAUCGGUGGGAACAGUCCUCCGUCUCUCUCCAGCUCCUACACAAGUUUUGGGCACCUUUUUUCGAUCCGCUUUCCUCACUAUCUUGGAGCCUGGAACAGGCAAGUGAGUUAACUAGUGAUAGUUCCCAACAAAGCCACUUCUUCUUUCUCGAACAAGUGUGAAGUGUGACUAAGGGCCUGGGAACGAGUUGUGUGUCGCCGCGAAGUUACGUCAUGAGUUCACGUAAAAACUCAUAUGUGCGGGGAAGGCCUGGCACUAGGAGGGGGAUGGACCCGGGCCUUUACUUUAGCUGGGUGGUUUCAAAACCCAUGAAAUUGGUGCAGUCGGCCUGUAUGUAAGUCGUAGUGCGUGAUAUAGAAAAAAAAAAUCUCAGCUAGCUUCCAAUUUUGAACUGACGCGUACACCGACCAUAUAUGGAGAGCAUGGUUUUAAUGGCUCAUAUACCAUGAUGGCUAAGCCAAUCAAAACGCUAGAAUUGUAUUAUCCAACGAUUCACUUUUUAGUAAAAAAUAAGACAAACAAACAAACAUAAAAACUCGUUAGUGAAUGAGGAAGAUUAAAUAAUCACAAAUGUCUUGAGCGUGAGAGCAAAUCAAGUUUACUCGUUUCUUUGCAGACUUUCCUCCAUCACUUGAUUUUGUGGGGCAGUAUAAUUUUGUCUUUUUUGUGGUUCGUCUUAUAUGGUGCCAUAGAAAACAUCUUCUGGGAUAUGUACUACGUACCAUUUGUUACCAUGGCAACGGUGGAAUUCUGGUCCGUCUGUGUAUUAAGUUCAGUGCUUGCUCUUCUUCCGAGGUAUGUUAGUUUUUCUCCUUUUUGCAUUUAUUUUAAGGAUAUGCUUUCCUAUGUUGGAGCAGUGGAAGAUAAAUUCUUAUACAUUUGCUGUUUAUAAAAAAUUGUUAUUGUAAAUUGCAUUGGUCACCGUAAGGAGUGAAAAAGCGACUAAUUCUCUGUUUACAGGCAGCUUUUAACGUUCCUGAAGAAUUAUAAAGAGGUUAACCCUACCAUGAUUACGAUCUGCCCGCAGAUAACCCAAGCACAGCUCACUAAUGAUGGUCGCUGCCAGAUAUUUGUUACGCUCCUAAAAUUUCUUGUAUAUCCCACAGAAUUAGGUUAAAGUCAAAGUUCUUGAGACUUCGCGUUCGGUUGUUUGCCCUCAUCCCAGAAGACCAUUUGUUUGCAGUUUGAAACAUUAUUCUCAUAAAUGCUAUGCCCAACGCGGCGUUACAUUUAUUGAGUACUGUGAAGUUGGGACCUCUUGUUUAGGAUUACCGUACCCCAGUUCUUGCCCUCUUCCGUGUCUCUUGUUCUGCUGUCACGCAACGCCUGUGAGAGAGGGUCCUUCUCUCCUCGGCGUUACGUCACAGACGGAGAGGGACCGGAGCUUAUUAAGACUAACUGAUACAUCGGCUUUGUCUUUAAAUUGGUCUGUUACAAAGGUUCACACUGUAUUUCAAGGAUUUCAUUUUCACGCUGAAGGUUCGAUGUAAAUAAAUAUCGUCAGAUAUGUGUAGGCGUUGUCAGUGAAUAUUUCAUUUUUAAUACUUAGGUUCGUAAUAAUGGCAACCCAACAUACAAUCUGGCCGACAGAAAUCAACAUCGCCCAGCUACAGUCAAAGCAGCGUAAGAGAGCAAGUCUCGUGGAGCAGAUUCCAGGCGAAACAGUUGGCGAGUCUGUGCUCUUGUAGGGCGGUCUGAGGGUGGGGUGUCGAUACACUCAGUCCCCUCUCAAUCUCGUUUCCAGAGCCUUCGUUACCCUUGUCCAGCGUUAAGGAUUAUUGAUGCUGACCAAAAGGAUCACCGGCUCUAGGAACAGCAUUUUCCUCCCUGAUUACUUUAGGAUCAUCGCCUUGACUCGGCCUUCUGCUCAUUUAAUUUGUGGCUCGAAAUUAUGAAAGGACUGCAUAAAGCAGACAUUUGUACAAGCUACUUAAAAGCCACAGUUUUAUUUAUUAUUAUAUAUAUUUUUUUACGGUCUUAGUCUGAUAUUAGAAGUUGAAUACUAAAGGUGAUCAAUCUUUUCCUUCGUGGAACCAGGCAUGUAGUAAGAAGAUAGAUAAAUUCCUAAAAAAAAAAGAAAAGAAACAAUUUAAGGUGUUGGUCCGUGAUGGACCGGUCACGAUAAUAGUGAGAUCUCAUGGUUUUUGACAUUUUGGCGGGUAGGGGGUAGACAGGGCAGUUACAGUGCCUUUGUCAAUCCUACAGUACAUGUACAAAGGAGAAUAAUGCACGCUCAUUUACUCGAUAUUGAAAGGAAUGAGUAUAGAACUUGAAGAUUUUAACUUCAUUUUUUUCAAGUUGCUUUUUUUCCUACUUUCCAGCCGUCGAUAGUCGAGGACAGCUUCUUUUAUAAUUUCUUUAAUAAGUUCUCUCUCCACGGGCUUGGAAUAAGAGAGACCCUGGGAAUAAGGUCGAUGACUUUUAAGCCCCAAUAUAUACUUGCAAAUUCUCCACGCCAGUCCCCAUAUAUACAUUUCCUUAAAAAAUAUGUUAUGAGAAUUUUGACAAAAGAUCUAAGUACUUUCGUCUUUUAAUAAUUGGUCAUCAAUGUUUUAAUUCUCCUAACCUAUUCUCUUGAUAAUUUAUUGAUAUAAUUUGGCGAAAAUUGAUGUUGAUCACUCUAAAAAGGGUAAAGAGAAGAGUAGCAGCUGCUUGGACAAUGGUAAACAAUGAAUUACCAUUGUUUAAAGGAACGAAUCAGGAAAGACCUUACGAGCAGCUCCUACAUUACCGGGAAAAGAUGAAGCAGAACUAAUUAAUACAAUGUAACAAAUGAUAGUCAAAUAAGUUGAUUCAGUAGGAUAUUUCGUUUGAUCGCUACGAGGUACUAUAGACGGUUAGGUAGUAUAGACUAUUAUGUUUUAGUAAAAUCCAACUAGUGGUCUAUUAUCAAUGCUGCGUUCUGAUUGGUUGAACUACUACUAGGCUAUAUGAGUGAAUAGUAGCGAAAAGCGCCGGCUUUUUGGCGGCAAAAAGGAUUAAAGUCUAGCUUUAAGUAGCUAAAACUUUUUCAUUCUCGAUGUUUUUGACCAACUAUUUGGAUUUUACUAAAACAAUUUUUUCUCUCGCCCUCAUUGCCCGAAUGGGCUAUUGACUCAGAGCCCAUUCGGGCUUGAGGAAUAGUUGUUAAUUAGUUUCUACUAGAUCUAAAAUUUACGAUAUAAAAAGACGAAUUUAUCACAUACAUAAAGCAGAUUUAAUAAAUAAAUUUUAAAUUUAGCAAAGUUCUUGGUUUAGAACAAAAUAAAGGAUAAUUAUGGGAUAGACUCCUGUUUGUUGCCAGGUAGACCAUUGGCUACGUAGUGACCGUCUCCCUUGUAACAACUCCAUGUAAUAAGAGUGUUGAAAGAUUUUUAAAUCUCAGCACAGUCGGCUCCCGAUAAAUCGAACCUUAGUAGGGAAAUCGAAAAGGUCUAGUUAGCGGGAGUUCGAGUUAUCGGGAAUUUGAAGCAAAUAACCGGAAACUAAGAAAAUGGUACGGGGAAUGAAUGCAAGUAACAUGCACACGUCAAAUUUUACAAAUACACAGCGCUAGACACUGUAUUUAAACUGGACCGACAAAAAAGUAAAGACAAAGAAUACAUGGUUGCUAAAAUAGUUUCAAUGUUUCGGACUGCUGUACACUUUUUUACGACUUGUCGGGCGAUUAAGGACCUCUUCACAGGAGCUCGGUUAACAGGGCUGGCGGUCGUUUCUCGAAAGUCCCGGUAACUUUUCGGGCCCCAAAUCAAAUAUUCAAAUCGAAAUAUAAUCGAAAUAUAAUCGAAAUAUAAUCGAAAUAUAAUCGAAAUAUAAAUCGAAAUAAGAGCUCGGGUCCUGGCUAACAAACUACUCCAUUUUGUUUCACUAACUGAUAGUUUUAUCAUGUUAGAUGCAAAACUUUUGAAACCUCGAUCUUUAAUAUAAACGGAAACGGCUCACCGGGCCCGUUAAUCAUCGGGACUUUCGGGAAACGGGCUCCUGGCCCGAUUACCGGGACCAAUUUCCCGAAAUUUCGCCUUGAGUUCAUAUGACAAAUUUCAGCCCGGUUUCCGAGAUGAGAAAAGGCAGAGCGAGGAUUUCUGGCGCGAAAUGCGAGAAAGAAAUCAAACGUGGCGAAGCACAAAAAUCAUAACUUUCGUGUCUGUCAUAGCUUUGGCAACUCUCAUAGCUGUAUCACUGCAGUUAAAUGGGAUGCUUAUGAUGUGGAAAAUACAGCAGGCAACGCAAGACGAUGCAAUCCGGUUAAAGCGUUCGUUACAAUUAGCUCACGUGCCUGAUUGCUCACUCUUUUUUCGCUUACUCACGCUAUUUCAUGUGGCACGCGCGCGAGUAUGCAAUCAGGCACGUGAGCUAAUUUUGACAAACUUUUUAACGGUAUUUAGUCUUGUACCCUGAAGAAGGCAGCAUUGCCGAAACGUCGGUUAAGACUCUUAAAACAACAGCGUCAAUUUUCAAAUUAAAUUGGUAAAAUUUUCAGCCCGCUUACCGAGAUCCCGAGAACCGAGCCAGACCACCCUCUCAUGUGAACACAUGAAAAUUUUACAAAGGAUGCAGCGCAGAGGUAAGGAGAGAUCUAGGAAACCGGGCCAGCGCUGUCAACCGGGGUCAUGUGAUCGAAGAGGCGCUAAAAAGCAUGAUUCGACUUAUUGAGGGUAAGUUUAUAUAGAAAUGAUCUGAAAGGAAACAAAAACUACUUCGAGUUAGCGGGAGGUUCGAGUUGUCGAGGGUUCGAGUUUCCGAGGGUAAAAUUACAGUAAAUGUAUGACGGAAAUCCAGGGGAAAUCGAUUUCGGUUCGAGUUAAUGCGAGGCUCGAGUUUAUAGUGAAGGGCUCGAGUUAUCGGGAGUCGACUGUACGAAAAAUGUCUACUUGACCUUUUUGUCUUUACCUUUGUAUAAGAAAUAUUGCAACGAAAAUACGACGAAUUCUCGAAAGAGCACGCUCCGGUCCCUCAAAAAAGAAACCCUCUACAGACCAAAAAAUAUUCACUCAUGUCAAUCACCUGAAGUCAAAACUAGCCGGCCAGACCGGUGAUUUUGAAGAUGACAUGGGGUGCUUACCAUUUGACAGAAAAAUCCGGUUGGGGUGUCGAAAGCAUAAUGGUAAGCGAUUUACCAGUUUACCGUAGAAAUGCCACAUCCGUUACGGUUUGAAUCCAAAAAAGGGCGAAUUUGUGUAGCCUGAGUCUGGAACCAAAGAAGGAACCGAGAAAUUGGUUAAUGAUAAGCAACAUUCCGUUUGGUUCGUACCAACCGCAUAUACCAUGAUAGCUAAGCCAAUCAAAACGCUAGAAUUGCAUUAUCCAAUGAUUUUUAAUAAAAAACAAGACAAAGAAACAAACGUAAAAACUCGUUAGUGAUUGAGGAAGAUGAAAUAAUCACAAAUGUCUUGAGCGUGAGAGCAAAUCAAGUUUACUCGUUUCUUUGCAGACUAUCCUCCAUCAUUUGAUUUUUUGGGGCAGCAUAAUUUUUUCUUUUUUGUGGUUCGCCUUAUAUGGCGCCAUGGCAAACAUCUUCUGGGAUAUGUACUACGUACCAUUUGUUACCAUGGCAACGGUGGAGUUCUGGUCCGUCUAUGCGUUAAGUGCAGUGCUUGCUCUUCUUCCGAGGUAUGUUAGUUUUUCUCCUUUUUGCAUUUAUUUUAAGGAUAUGCUUUCCUAUGUUGGAGCAGUGAAAGGUGAAUUUUUUUACAUUUGCUGUACACAAAAUAUUAGUAUUGUAAAUUGCAUUGGUCACCGUAAGGAGUGAACAAGCAACUGUUUACAGGCAGCUUUUAACGUUCCUGAAGAAUUAUAAAGGUUAAACCUGAACUUGUCAUGAGCUAUCUGCCCGCAGAUAAACCAAGCACAGCUCACUAAUAAUGGUUCUUGCCACGUCUUUCAGAAUUGGGUAAAAGUCAAAGCUCUUUGUUUCGUCGCCAACGGUUGUUUGCCCUCAUCCCAGAACACAAGUGUUUGCAGAUUUGAAUCAUUAUUGUCAUAAGUGCUAUGCGGCGUUACAUUUAUCGAGUACUGUUAAGUUGAGACUUCUUGUAUAGGGUUGCCUUACACCAGUUCUGCCCCUCUGCGUGUCUCUCGUUCCGAGUCUCUGUCAUGCAAGGUCGGAGAGAUAGGGUCCUUCUCUCCUCGGGGUUGCUUGACAGAGAGAGAGACGUAGGGGGGAGGGGGGGGGUGCGCAGAACUUGAUAUAUUAAAAUGAUAAUAUCGAUCCAUAGUCAAGACUAACGGAUAUUUCGGGUUUGUAUUUUAAUUGGUCUCUCACAAAGGGUCUGACUGUAUUACAAGGAUUUUAUUUUUACACUGAAAACCUAUUAGGUUAGACGUAGUUAAAAAAAAAGCGUCAAAUAUAUAUAGGCAUUGUCAGUGAAUAUUUGAUUUAUAAUACUUAGGUUUGUAGUAAUGGCAGCCCAACAUACAAUCUGGCCGACGGAAAUCAACAUGGCCCAGCUACAGUCAAAGCAACGAAAGAGAGUAAGUCUCGUAGAGCAAAUUCCA